UGCAAGCCACCACUUCCUCUUAUGCUGCUUAAGAUACUGCUAGUAAGUACAUAAUGAUGUUAUAAUCGGUGCCAAUACAGUUGGGGAUCAAAUUGAACUAGGACAUUUUGCUGAAUUAUUGAGCUAUGGCACUCAAAAAGAAGGACAAGUUGAAACCUAUGAAACCCUUUACUUUGGAGAUUGAUGACAGGACAGAUGAGGAGAGGAAAAAGGACAAAGAAAUUAGAAAACAUGUAACUGGAAAGUCCAAAACACCAAUGGACACUCAUCUUCAUGAGGACCGUGGUCAUGUCCGUCCCCAAAUCCGAUUUGACCUGAGUUAUGCUGACAAAGUUUUUGGGAUAAAUCGUGAAACAGAACUUUCUGAGAGGUUUAAUCGUGAGAGGCUUUAUGAUGACGUGUCCAGUGGUGAUGUCAGUAGGCUUGAGGGCCUGGAGGAGUAUCUGCAGAAAAGAAAGAUGGGCCUGACAAGUACAACUUAUAUUUUCAGUGGGAAGACAGUCCUGAUGAAGGCCCUGCUAAACCUGCAGAAUGGACACAACGAUACAGUGGAGUACUUGCUGGACAUUGCAGAGAGAAUGAAUGAUCUUCAGGAUUUAGUGAAUGCAAAAUGCACAGAUCCAUACUAUAAAGGACAGACAGCUCUUCAUAUAGCCAUUGAGAGGAGAAACAAGCAUUAUGUCAAGCUGCUCAUUCAGAAAGGGGCUAAUGUCCAUGCAAUGGCCUGUGGGAAAUUCUUUCAGCCACGGAAAAAAAGUUUCUACUUUGGGGAGCUUCCGCUUUCACUGGCAGCAUGUACUAAUCAGGAAGACAUAGUAGACCUGCUGAUGGAUAAAGCAGAUGUGAGGCAAAAGGACACUCUGGGCAACAUAGUUCUCCAUGCUCUUGUGAUGCUGGUGGACAAUAAAAGCCCUGAAAAUAAUGACUUUGUCAUUUCCAUGUAUGACUUCAUUCUUACCAAGGAUGCUGCUAAGAAUCCCUACAAGGAGAAGCUGGAGGACAUUGAGAACAAUCAGGGACUUACUUCCAUCAAGCUGGCUGCAAAGCUGGGAAAGAUCAGGCUGCUUGAACACAUUCUGCAUCGUGAGUUCCAGCAGGAAGAGUGCAGGCAUCUGUCUCGAAAGUUCACAGAGUGGGUAUAUGGCCCAGUGCACGGGUCGCUGUAUGACCUGGACUCUAUCGACACCUACAAGCCAAACUCUGUCCUUGAGAUAGUUGUUUAUACCCCAGAUAUAGAGAAUCGCCUUGAGAUGCUCCAGCUUGAGCCACUUAACAAACUACUGGAAGACAAAUGGAAAUUAUUUGCCAGAUGGAUAUUCCUCUUCAAGUUUAUUGUUUAUCUCAUAUAUCUCAGCAUCUUCACAGUUGUUUCUUAUUACCGUGAAGAAGGAAAACCCCCAUUUCCCAUCAAGACAGAUUUUGCUGGUUUGAUGCUGUUUGUCGGUCAAGUCAUCAUGGUUAUUGGCUCAGUCUACUUCAUCGUGAGCGUGCUGAUAGAAAUGUAUAAAAAGCGGCCAAGUCUGCAAACAAUGCUGGUAGAUGGCUAUUCAGACAUGCUUUUUUUGUUACAGGCUGGGUUGUUUAUCAUCUGUGCUGGAAUGUAUUUAAAUGGAAACCAGGAGUAUCUUGCCUUUCUGGUGAUCAGUGUGGCUAUGGGCUGGAUUAAUCUGCUUUACUUCUCCAGAGGAACUCGGUACAUGGGCAUCUACAACAUCAUGAUUCAGAGGGUCUUCCUUGGUGACAUCUUGCGUUUCCUGUUUGUUUACAUAGUCUUCCUUAUCGGAUUUUCAGCAGCACUAGUGACUCUACUCCGUGAACCUGGAAAAGGAAGUCCUUUGGAAAAAAAUCUUGAAAAUGAGACAGAUAAGUGCAACAAAAACUCCUUUAAAACCAUUGCCUUCACCACUCUAGAACUGUUUAAGUUUACUAUAGGCAUGGGUGACCUGGAGUUCACAGAGAACUAUGAGUAUAAGCAUGUGUAUUUUGUACUGCUUUUAACCUACAUUGUGCUCACGUACAUCCUGCUGCUAAACAUGCUAAUUGCUCUGAUGAGCAAAACUGUGGACGUCAUGGAUCAAAAGAGCACCAGCAUCUGGAAACUCCAGCGUGCCAUUACCACCUUGGACCUCGAGACAUUUAUGCAGUAUGUAAAUUGUCUGAAAACGAGGGUUGCAUGCUGUCUGAAGAUGAAUUCUUCAGACUUUCUGCAAAUGGAGAGGCUCUCAGCAGUGAAGAGGAACCUGGGCAAAAAAGAGGACGACUGGCACUGGUAUCUCAGAGUGGAAGAAUUCAAAUGGAAAAAUUGGAACCGCAGUCUGGGUAUCAUCAUGGAUGAACCUGGAGAGGGUAGUUCAAAAAAGCAAGUUGAACCUAACAGAGGGCCAUCACAAGAUGCUCUUGUUAAUGAGGAUGAGAGUAAAGAACCCAGCCAGUCUGAUGUCAGCCAAAAGAAACACAAACGGUAUGAACUGCAGGCGGAGCAAGAGGCAGAACCCCUGGCUUCCAGCUCAAUGUAAUAAAAUGUGAAAAUAUGAAAAAAAAAAUAGAUAUUUGAUAAUUGAUCCAAGAUCCCUUUUUUGUCAAUUAAUUUUUUAUUGUUUAGUGUUUUUUUUGUCAAAAAGUAAGUCAUUGGAAGCCUGUUAUCUGAGAGGUCUUAAAGUCAUGUAUGUUUGCACAUCAUUACUGAGCCUUUGCCUGUUCUUUUGUUUCCUCUGUAUUGAACAUUUUAUUUUGCAUCUCUUCUUUUUUUCCAGUAAUAUGCAAUUUUUCAGGGUAGGAGGUUAUCUAUUCCCAGGAGUUAUUAGCAAUUAUUACAUUUACUGUAUUAUUAAAUGUGCUUGUUUGGUACCAUGUUAGGGAUUACAUUAUGUAGUGAGCAACAAGCAGUUUUAACUGUGUAAAGCUGGAAAUAAAGCAAUGAUGUAUUGUACGGAAUUUUUUACAAAUUUUGUUUUUAUCAAUAAAGAUACUAUUUCUUUUUA